UAGUUACGGAAUGCAACGAAGGACAUGUUCAACUAAAAAAAAGGCGCGGUUUGAGUUUCUUCGACUGAGUCUACCUGUUUUUAGUUACGUACCGUUGCUGUAAUUUUUACUCUCUUUAUUUCAUUUGAGAGUUUUUUAGCUUCGUGAAAAGGUUAUUUUUAGGAUGGAUUUUUUUUUAUUCUGGCGUAAAACCAGCAGAGAAGGAUGUUUGUUAGCUAAGCGCUAGUCUGAGAGCAGGUUGAUAUUAACAAGCCGUUGUUUAAGAAAACCUUUCAGCAAUAUACACUGGUAAUAAAAAUGGAAUGGAUUAUGCAAGUAGAUGAAUAAAUUAGUAAAUGAAUAAAUUGUUUAUUUCUGUAUUUAGUGUAAAAGAAUGCUAAGGAGGAUAUUUUUCCCUCUCCAACAUGGAGGACACUAGCGACGUAGACGUGCGACGGAAUGCGAAAAGGGACAAAAGGACGGAAAGCGCGUUUUGGAAAUGACUAGCCGUGUUGAUUAUUUCAGACGGCGGUGUGUUUCUGACAUUCAGCAGAACUUCUAGUUUUGACGCGUUUCUGUUUCAUAUUGAUGAAAAGUUAAAAAUCUGCAGAAGUGCAGUGAUAUGAUGCUCAGGACCGUGUGCAGUUCUCCUCUGGCUCCUUCUGUGAAGGUGAAGUUAAUAACCGCAGGCUUUCACACAGCUGCAGAUCUGACAGAUGUGCAGCCGCUCCAGCUGUGUAAAGUGACUCUGGCAGCAGCAGGAUUAUCUCAGGAGGAGGCUGAUGAGGUGUUGCGGACCCUGCGUGAUGACCCCUCACCCGUCCAGCGGAGGGCAGCGGUGCAGUGUCUGACAGCACUGGAUCUCCUGCACCAGGAGGAGACACGGGGCAGCAUCGUCACGUUCUGCUCCGAGCUGGACACUGUGCUCGGAGGCGGGAUUCCUGUGGGGAGGACCACGGAGAUCUGCGGCGCCCCGGGCGUCGGGAAAACCCAGCUGUGUGUGCAGCUGGCUGUAGAUGUGCAGAUCCCGGUGUGUUUCGGAGGACUGGGUGGUGAAGCCGUGUUUGUGGACACUGAGGGUGGGUUCGUGGUGGAGCGACUGGUGGGCGUGGCCCGGGCUGCGGUGGAGCACUGCGCCGCUCUGGCUGAGGACCAGGAGCAGCGUGGAGCUUUAGAGAGCUUCACCGUGGAGAAGAUCCUCUCUGGUGUCUUCCUCAUGCGCUGUCACGAUUACGUGGAGCUGCUUGCUGAGCUUCACCUCUUGCCCGACUUCCUGAAGAAACAUCCACAGGUGCGGCUGGUGGUGAUUGACAGCAUGGCUUUUCCAUUCAGACAUGAGCUGGAGGAUCUCUCUCAGAGGACACGCCUCCUUAGCGGCUUUGCACAGAAACUCACCCGCUUAGCGUCGGCUCAGCACGGGCCAGCGGUGGUGUUGACCAAUCAGAUGACGACUAAAGUCUCGAGCAGUCAGUCCAGACUCGUCCCUGCUCUGGGUGAGAUUUGGGGCCAUGCAGCCACACAGAAACUUAUCCUGCACUGGGAAGGAGCUCAAAGAUUUGUGUCUCUGUACAAAUCAUCCAGCCACAAAGACGCCACUGUCCCAUACCAGCUCACGGCUGAAGGAUUCAGAGAUGCCACUGUUUCAGUGUCUUCUUUCCCGUCCCGCAGUCCUGCAGCAGGAAGCCACAGUAAACGUCCUCGCACUGAACACUAGCACAGUUAAUCUCUCUCACACACACACACACACACAGUGUACACAGAAAGAACUAAGCUACAGUCUGUCUUCUGUUGAACUGAUCUGAACUUCCUCUAAACACUUCUGUCAGAAGAUUCAUUGUUAUUAAAUGUCAUUAAUAUAAACAUCACUGUUCAAAUUCUAUACAUUUUCUAUUAAAACCUCACCACUGGAAUAUAAACUGCUGCAUGUAUAAUAAUUAUAAUGAUUUAUUGGUAUACAGCUUGGAUAUUAAAUGAUUAUUUGCAUGUGUAACCAGUAGGUUUGGUUUAAAUCAUUGUACAGAAGUCUUAAAGGAGUCCAUUCUCUCUGCAGCCCGGAUUUCGUUUUUCUCUUAUAUAGCAGUACGUUUUUAAUCGCAGCACUUUAUUGCACUUUCCUUUUUUAAAUAAUAAAAAC